CGGCCGGAUCCCCUUCCUCCCUGUGUGCGCGCUUUAAAUAAUUUCCUCCUUUUUGGCAAAAGAAAUAAUGCACCUGACUUUACCAGGGGGAAACAGCCAGCCGAGCAGAACAAGGAACAGAUGUAAAAAGAACAGAAGAGAGGAAAAGCUAUGGAACUUGCUUAAAGACAUCCAGGGGUUGGAGAGGUGGCCGCGGCGGCAGAGGCAGCUAGAGCAGCUCCGCCUGCCUGAGCUGCUGGCAGAGGACGUCUGCACCAGUUGCAGAUGUCACCCUGGGAACUCCUGGGUCCUUUGGUUUGUUUGCCAAACAAAGUCUUUUCUUCUCUGGCUCAGAUACUGAAGAGGCUCCUGGAUUGUUCUGCGGUCCCGCCACAAGCUGGCAGCUAUCCGGAGCCUUCCUAAAGAGCUGGGGAAGAAAUGAGCUCUGCUGGGCGGAGGAUGGGCGAAGGGCGUCAGCCGGCGGGGUCACCCCGUGGGCGGCCCUGCGGCUCCGGGGCGCCGCGCUCCCUGCUCCGGUUCUUCGUGCACGCCUGGUUGUGGGCUGCCUCGGGUUUGUCUGCCCAGGUGUUCAACCUCAGCCUCUCUGUGGACGAGGGGCUGCCCCCGGACACACUGGUAGGUGACAUUCGUGCGGGGUUGCCAGUCGCGCAGCAGCUGGAAGAGAACGGCUUCUUUCUGUCGGAGGACUCGGAGGACUCCCCGCUGCUGGACGACUUCCACGUGCACCCGGACACCGGCAUCAUCCGCACAGCACGGCGUCUGGACCGCGAGCGGCGGAACCACUACAGCUUCGUGGCGGCCACGCUGUUGGGCGAAGUGGUGCAGGUGGAGAUCCGCGUCAACGAUGUGAACGACCACUCGCCCCACUUUCCGCUCGACUCCCUGCAGCUGGACGUGUCGGAACUCAGCCCCCCAGGUACUGCUUUCCGCCUGCCAGGUGCCCAGGACCCGGACGCAGGACUGUUUAGCAUCCAGGGUUACACCUUGCUGCAAGCGUCUGACCUGCCCCAGGACCCCGCAGGGCCCUUCUUCCAGUUGCGCUACGGGUCGCCGGGGCCACCUGUGUCGUCGUCUCAACGGGUGUCCUCAACACCCCUGGAGCCCUUAGACUUGGUGCUGCUGAGGCGCUUGGACCGAGAGGAGGCGGCGGCGCACGAGCUGCAGAUUGAAGCUUGGGACGGUGGCAGUCCUCCGCGCACUGGCCGCCUGCACGUGCAUCUGCGUGUGCUGGAUGAGAACGACAACCCGCCAGUUUUCGAGCAGGCGGAGUACCGCGCCGCAGUACGUGAGGACGCCCAGCCGGGCGCCGAGGUGUGUCGCGUGCGUGCCACUGAUCGCGACUUGGGGCCCAAUGGCUUGGUGCGCUACAGCAUCCGGGAGCGGCAAGUGUCCUUGGCGGGCGCAGCUGGCGGGUCACCGGGCGAUCCGGGCUAUUUCUCGGUGGAGGAGCUGAGCGGCGUGGUGCGGGUGCAGAGACCUUUAGAUCGCGAGGAGCAGGCCUGGCACCAGCUGGUGGUCCAGGCACGCGACGGGGGCGCAGAGCCAGAGGUAGCCACCGUGCGCGUGUCUAUUGAUGUGCUGGACGUGAAUGACAACCCGCCCGCCAUCCACCUGCUCUUUCUUACCGAGGGAGGCACGGCCCGCAUCUCUGAGGGCGCCCGUCCAGGAGACUAUGUGGCUCGAGUUUCGGUGUCCGACGCAGAUGGUGACCCAGAGAAGGAAGAGGAGGCUGCCGGGGUGCUUGGUGCACGCCUUGGGGCAGGUAGCAUCAAGCUGUCCUUGGAGGGUGGGAAUGGAGCCUUCGCGCUGCAGCCAGGCGGCCCUCCUGGAGUAUUUUUCCUUUGCAUCGAGGGCCUCUUGGACAGGGAAAAACGAGAUCUAUACGAAUUAAGACUAGUGGCCACGGAUGCAGGGUCUCCACCAUUGAGCACCGAGGAGUCGCUGCUGCUCUGGGUCUCCGACCUCAAUGACCAGCCACCUGUCUUCAGCCAGGAGCAUUACUGGGCCUCGGUGUCCGAGGCCGCUGUCCCAGGGACCUCGGUGGUUUGGGUCAGCGCUUUGGAUGCCGACCAGGCUGGCACAGAUCACGCCAGGCUGCGAUAUGCGCUAGUGCAACUCUCGGGUCCCUGCGACUCUGAGGCUCUGUCACCCAAGGCAGAGUGCAUCCCAUCCUUCAGCAUCAAUCCUGACAAUGGUUUGAUCAGCACUCUCAGAGCUCUAGACCGAGAGGUUCAGGAGGCAGUGGAGCUGAGAGUGGUGGCCCAGGACUUCGGAGAGCCUCCACUUUCUGCCACGUGCCUGGUGAGCAUUACUGUAGACGACGUGAACGACAAUGAGCCCGUUUUUCGGUGGCAGGUGUAUAAUGUCACCCUGGCUGAGCAUGCCCCAGUUGGACAUUGCUUCCUGCAGGUAAAAGCCUCUGACGCAGACGCGGGGCUCUACGGCUUGGUCCAGUAUUCUCUUUAUGAUGGCUUCCAAAGCUAUGAGGCACCUCCGGCGUUCCAGAUUGACCCACAGGAUGGGCGCAUCUGUGUGUCCCAAGACAUAGACAGGGAAAGGGAUCCUGGCACCUUUGAUCUGCUGGUGAAAGCUAAGGACGGGGGUGGUCUUAGUGCUCAAGCUUUUGUCCGGGUGGAAGUGGAGGAUGUGAAUGAUAAUCACCCUAUCUUUAAUCCAUCGACCUAUGUGACAAGCAUCAGUGGCCAGACCCCACCAGGCACUGAGAUCCUCAACGUUCUCGCCAGUGACAGGGAUUCUGGGACGUACGGAGCGGUGGCUUAUGAACUCAUUCCAGGAGACAUGUCGUCAUUCUUCACCAUUGACUCCAUUACAGGUAUUAUCUACUUAACAUCAACUCUCAGCCAUUUGGAAGCUACCACACUUUUUCUGAUGGUCUGUGCUCGAGACGGUGGGGGGCUCACAGCUGCCUCUAAUGCUGAUGUCACCAUCCAUGUUCUGCAAACCACACUGGCUCCUGCGGAGUUUGAAAGGCCCAAGUACACCUUCUCAGUUCAUGAAGACGUGCCAGAAGACACUCUUGUUGGGACGGUGAAGGCAAGAGAGCCCUUGAAUUCCUCAGAACCUAUCUCUUACCGCAUUUCCUCUGGAGACCUGGGUGGAAAGUUCUCCAUUCACAGGUGGCUGGGCAGUAUCCGAACCCUGAGGCCUCUGGACCACGAAGCGCAGCCCAUGGUUGUCCUCACCGUCCAAGCCCAGCUCGGCAGCUCCCCAGCCUGCAGCAGCACAGAAGUGAACAUAACCGUGAUGGACGUCAACGACAACCGUCCUGAGUUUCCCACGGCCUCGGAUGAGAUUAGGAUCUCCCAGACCACUCCACCGGGCACAGCCUUGUAUCUUGCACGUGCAGAGGACAGAGACAGCGGGCUGAAUGGACUGGUCCGGUACAGCAUCGCCAGCCCUCAGCCGAGCAUGUUCAGCAUGGACCGAGGCCGCGGGGUGCUGUACCUCAGGGAAAGUCUGGGAGGCCGGGGGGACUUCCGGCUGACCCUGGUGGCCGAGGACCAAGGCACUCCUCCCCAGGCAUCUCGGUUGGUGCUCACAGUAGUUGUUGAAAGCCAAGAACAAAGCCCAGCCAUGGCUUUUGAAAAUUUGGUCUAUCAAGUAGAAGUUAGCGAGUUUCUCCCACUGAUGACUCAAAUCUUGCAGGUACAGGCCUACCCACUGCAUCCGUGGCAUCCAGCCUCAAAGACAACAUACUCCCUGGAUGUCAGUGUGGACUCUACAGUGUUUGGAAUCCACCCUCACACAGGGUGGAUUUAUCUGCAGCGACAACUAGACUAUGAAUCUACACAGACGUACAGGUUUAAAGUGUUGGCGAAAUUCCCAGAGGACAGAUCACUGCAGAAUGUGAGCACUUUGGUAAUCGUUCAUGUCUUGGAUGAGAACGACCAUUCCCCAGUCUUCUUGCAGGACAAAGUGUUUUUGAAAGUUGAAGAGAGCCCUAUCCCCCUAGGGGUAAUAGGCAAAAUGACAGCCAUUGAUGCCGACUCUGGGAAGAAUGGGCAGCUGUCAUAUUUCCUUUUGACAGAUGGAAAAUUCUUCAAGAUGAAUCCUAACACAGGUGAGCUGAUCAAUUGGCUGGCACUGGACCGUGAGCACCAGGGUCAUCAUCACAUGACUGUCCUAGUGACAGACCAUGGCUCCCCACCACGGAAUGCCACCAUGGUGGUUUAUGUCACAAUUACUGACAUCAACGACAACAGGCCGUUCUUCCCACAAUGUCUCCCUGGAAAUGAAUUUCACAUCAAGGCUUUGGAAGGUCAGCCAGUCAAUACACUGGUUACAACCGUCUUUGCAAAGGAUCUUGAUGAAGGACUCAGUGCAGAACUUACGUACUCCAUCUCUCCAGAUUAUCCUGCUCACUUUAAAAUUGAUGCCAACAAUGGUGAAAUCAGAACCACCACAAUACUUUCCCAUGACUACAGACCUUCCUAUAGGAUGACAGUUAUUGCCAGUGACCAGGGAGUGCCCCCACUGCAAGGACAGGCAAUUAUUAAUAUUCAGGUGAUACCACUCUCCAAAGGGAUGGUUUUUACAUCUCAGAAUAUUAGACAUUUAGUGAUCCCAGAAAACACGAAGCCUGCAAAAAUCAUGAGCCUGCUGAAGUCGCCUGACACUCUUCAACAGCACCAUAGUGGGAAGUUACACUUUAGUAUCGUUGCAGAGGACAAGGAUGGCCACUUUGAAAUUGACAGCUCUACAGGAGACUUGUUCCUCUCUAAGGAACUCGAUUACGAAAUGACAUCUCAUUAUCUCAUCAGGGUGAUUUCUAAAGAUCAUCGUCAAAGCCCUCCCUGGAACAGCACAGUCUUCCUUAGUGUUGAUGUGGAAGAUCAGAACGACCAUUCCCCAUCCUUCCAGGAUGAGUUCGUUGUGAUAAGUGUAGAGGAGAAUGUGCCUGUAGGGACUUUGGUGUACGUCUUCAAUGCUAAAGAUGGUGAUGGCAGUUUUCUGAACAGUAGGAUACAAUACUUUGCAGAAUCCAGCCAUGUUGGAACGAACCCGUUUCUCAUUCACCCCUCUUCUGGCACACUAGUCACCGCAUCUCCCCUGGACAGAGAGAAUGUUCCAACUUUCAUACUGACCAUAACUGCAUCUGAUCAGGCUGUGAAUGUGACAGACCGGCGAUGGAGGUCACUGAUAGCAGAAGUGGUGAUUUUGGAUGUGAAUGACCACAGCCCCACCUUUGUGUCCCAUCCCAUCACCUUUGUCAGAGAAGAUGCCGAAGUGGGCUCCCUGGUGCACCGUGUAAGUGCCCAGGAUCCAGAUGCAGAGAUGAACGGAAAAGUAACAUACAGCAUCCUCUCAGGAAAUGAGGACAUGGUCUUCAUAUUAGACAAGUCAUCAGGCUUGCUGAGGACAGCUUGUCCUCUGGAUUAUGAAGUGAAAACUCAGCACAUCCUGAUCCUUGUGGCCCAUGAUGGUGGCACACCAGCACUUUCUUCAUCCCAGACUCUGACAGUCACUGUCCUUGAUGUCAAUGAUGAGGCACCAGUAUUUAAGCAACUUCUGUAUGAAACUUCAGUUAAAGAAAACCAAAGUCCUGGGGCGUUUGUCACAAGGGUUGAAGCUGAAGACACCGAUUCAGGAGUCAAUGCCGAGCUUCAGUUUCAAAUUUUGCCAGGGCCUGACUUUGAGUUGUUUGAGAUCAACCCUGACACAGGGGAGGUGGUGACAAGUGUCACAUUUGACCGAGAAGCUCAAGGAAUCUUCACACUUCGAGUGCUUGUGCAGGACGCUGGCGUCCCUUCAUUGUCCAGCACUGCAACCGUCCUCUGCACCGUGGAGGAUGAAAACGACCAUGCUCCAGAGCCUGUUGUCCACAGGCAUGACAUGGAAGUUCUGGAAAACCAAGAUCCAGGGGUUGUCUAUACUGUGUUGGCUUUCGAUGAGGAUGCUGGCAACAAUGGAGCUGUCACCUAUCACAUAGUGGGUGGAAACACGGACGAGUACUUUGCUAUUCAUACAACCUCGGGAGAACUCUCAACAACUCGUGCUUUGGACCGGGAGCAGAUCAACAAUUUUACCCUCAUUAUCCUGUGCUCAGAUUUGGGGAAUCCACCUCAAAGCUCCGUGAUGCAGUUGCACGUUAGGGUUUUGGACGACAAUGACCACAGCCCUUCUUUUGCCAUGCUUCACCAUCAGGUCUCUGUGCAAGAAGAUGCUGAAGUGGGCACUGUGGUCCUGGUGCUCUCUGCUGUGGACAGAGAUGAGGGCCUCAAUGGGCAGGUAGAAUAUUUUCUGUUGGAGGAAUCUUCUGGUGCUUUCACUGUUGAUCAUGUGACAGGGACAGUGAGAACUGGCCACAUCCUUGAUCGAGAAACCAGACCUCAGCACACAUUCCAGGCUGUGGCCAGAGACUGCAGUCCCCAGGGGGCAAGAAGCAGCAUGUUGACUAUCCUCAUAUCUGUCACUGAUGCUAAUGACAACGAUCCCGUUUGGGAAGAGAACCCAGUUGACGCAUUCCUUCCCCCGGUGCUGUCCCUAAACCAGACCAUUGUUCAUCUGAGAGCCAGUGACCCAGACGCAGGGCCCAAUGGGACUGUGACUUUCAGUUUUGCGGACACCCAGUCAGUUUUUUCUGUCGAUGAAUAUACAGGUGAAGUUAAACUUCAGCAGAAUCCGUCUUCAGCAUCUUUUCCUAUUUGGGUUCAGCUAAAAGCCACAGACCAAGGGGUCCCAGCAAGGACAGCCAUGGGUCUCUUGGUCGUUCACACAGAAGGAGAAGACGUGAAGCUCUCCUUCAUCCAGCAUCUCUAUACAGGACUCGUGACUGAAAACUGUGAACCAGGUACUUCUGUUGUGACUGUAAAGGCUUUUGCUCCUGCAUCAAUUACAGACCCCAUUAAAUAUUCAGUGUUUAGUGGAAAUGACGAUGGAGUGUUUUCCCUGGGCUCCAACUCAGGACAACUCAUCGUAGAAGAGCCUAAGUUCCUUGAUUUUGAAGUCAGGAGCCAAGUACAGCUCAUCAUUUUUGCUGAGAGCAGUGGGCAUAGAGCCUUCACCAAAGUAGCAGUUUCCAUCCUGGAUAUGAAUGAUAAUUCUCCACGCUUUGCAAAAAGUGUGUACCAAGCAUCAGUGUCUGAAGGCCAACUCUACAAUGCUCAUGUCAUACAGGUGUUUGCUACUGACUUGGAUGGUGGCUUGAACAGCCUGCUCGAGUAUUCCAUUGUCUCCGGCAACCAAGCAGAAGCCUUCCAGAUUGACGCACUGAGCGGAGUGAUAACGACAAAAUCUAGCCUAGACUACGAGUCCACCAACUCCUACAGCUUGAUUGUGCAAGCCACAGACAGAGGGGUGCCCAGGCUGUCUGCUACGACAUUGGUCAAGAUACAGGUGACUGAUAUAAAUGACAAUGCCCCAGUCUUUCUCCCCUCAGAAGCAAUAGAAAUUGCAGAAAAUUCUCUGCCUGGUGUAAUUGUGUCUCGGGUAUCCAUCUAUGAUGCGGAUUUGAAUCCAGCUUUCACCUUCAGUUUUGUCAAAGAGAGCAACUCUGGAGCCAAGUUCGCUAUCAGUCAGGACACUGGAGUGGUGGUGCUGGUGCAAACACUGGAUUUUGAAGAAGUUACAGAAUAUGAGCUGAUCAUUCGCGUUUCUGAUUCAAGACACCACACAGAGGGGUCCCUUAUCAUCCGUGUGUUGGAUGUCAAUGAUAACCCACCAGUUUUUCCCCAAGAUUUCUAUCAGGCAACAGUUCCUGAACUAGUACCUGAAGGGUACUCAGUGCUGACCCUGUCUGCCACAGACUUAGAGAGCAGUGAGGGCAUUUCUUACAGGAUCCUUUCCUCUUCCGAGGGAUUCGCCAUUGACCCCAAGAAUGGCACCGUAUUUACUACCGGUUCCACAUUACUUCUGGAUAACGUAUCAACACUUCGAUUUCUUGUUGAAGCCAGUGACGGUGGAACUCCCUCCCUGAGGGCACUUACGUUAGUGGAGAUAGAAAUACAAGACGUGAACACCUUUGCCCCUGAGUUUACAGUAGGGUACUAUAAUCUUAGCUUGAGGGAGGAUUCCCCCAUUGGAAGCACCCUCAUAACCUUUUCAACUCUCGACCGUGACUACACUUUUGAAAACACACACACUAAGUAUUCCAUCAUCAGUGGCAACUUGCACAACUACUUCCACGUUGAAACCAGGCUCCUUCACUCAGAAUACCCCCAUCAGCAGGGUGGUGCUCUUGUGCUGCAUCAUGCUCUAGACAGGGAAGCUAGUUCCAGUCACAAGCUUGUCAUCCUAGCGUCUGACCACGGCCCUCCUCUGAGUUCCACAGCCGUCAUAGCACUAGAAGUUCUGGAUGUCAAUGACAACACACCCACCUUCAGCAGCCGGCAGUAUACUGCCCAUGUCAAGGAAAGCACCCCUGUAGGGAGUCAUAUCACUGUGGUGUCAGCAGAUGACCGUGACAAGGAUUCACGUGCAGAAAUCACCUAUGACAUAAUCUCUGGGAAUGAGAAGGAACAUUUUUACUUAGAAGAGAGAACUGGGGUGCUUUAUUUGGUGAAACCUCUGGAUUAUGAGGAAAUUAUAACAUUCACUUUAACUGUCCAAGCUGCUGAUGAAGAAGAGAAACAUGUUUCUUUUGCUGUCGUGCGAAUCAAUGUGUUAGAUGACAAUGACCAUACGCCUCAGUUUAUGUCCUCUAGCUUGACCUGUGUCACUCCUGAAAACCUGCCUACUUUCUCCAUUGUAUGUGCUGUCCAGGCUCUGGACUUUGAUGCCGGGCCUUAUGGAGAAGUGACUUACUCAAUUUUGUCACCCUGCCUUGUCACACCUGGGGUCCACCCCUAUCAGGAUCUUUUUGUCAUUGACGCUAUAACAGGGGAUAUUCGAUCCGAGCAAAUGCUGGACUAUGAAAGUGUUACCAAGUAUUGCUUGGUCGUUCAGGCCAAAGACAGAGGUGGUGCCACAGCUUCCCUGGAGGUUUGGGUGGAAGUUGAAGGGGUAGAUGAAUUUGAACCCAUCUUUACUCAAGAUCAGUACUUUUUCAGUCUCCCUGAGAAAGGUCAAGGACAACAGCUGAUUGGCAGAGUGGAAGCCUCAGAUGCAGACGAUGGCGUCGAUGGGGUCGUUCUUUACUCCCUUGCUCCAUCCCCCCUUUUUUCAGUAAACAAAACGAAUGGCAACAUUUACUGGACCCGAACCCCUUUCCUAAUCAGCAGCCAGCUCACCAAAGAAGACACCCUUGAGGUGGAAAUAAUUGCACAUAGCCCCAAGCCCAGCUCCAAGUCCACAUCCUGCAGUGUGUUUGUGAACGUCUCUUUGCCAUCUGAAGGACAUCACAGAACGGCAUUUGCUCACAGUUUCUCCAUCAGCCUCCUGGUCUCCUUUUUAGUGUUCCUCUUCCUUGUCUGCACUCUAAUCGCACUGAUUUUAAGGCAUCCGCAGAAAAACCCACUACACAGUUCUGAGGAGAAGACACCAUCGUCCCCAGAUGAUGACCCCAGGCUGACUGGAGCUGCAAGCAAGCUCCAGGCUGGGCAGCAGCCCGUGGAGUACAGGGAUGUAGCAGGACCUGCUGGAGCUCUGCCUGCUGAAUGGUUGAACUUAAUGAGUGUCCUGGAGAAGGACAUUGUCCACCUGUACAGGCACUCCAACUCCAGUGGCCACUGCUCUGUGGAUGGAGAAACUGCAGAAGAUAAAGAAAUCCAGAGGAUAAAUGAGCAGCCUUAUAGAAAGGACUCAGAUUCCGUGCUGAGUGACCGGGGGUCCAGGGUGCCAGACUCAGGCAUCCCCAGGGACUCUGAUCAGCUUUCUUGCCUCUCGGGAGAGACAGAUGUGAUGGCUAGUACCGAGGCGAUGGCAGCCAGCCAUGUGUUUGAGGGAGAAGACAGAGGGGAAGACUGUGACACACUCUAUGUUCACAACAAUGCAUUAUCCCAGACAAGAGAGGCAAGAGCAGGUGUCUUGGCUGAUAGCAGGGAAGAGUCCUUUACUUCGGUCAGUCAGGAAGGAAGGUGUGCAGCUCUUUCCACUCAGGCAGCCUCUGCUGAUGGUGCCAGAGGCAGCUAUGCCUGGGAUUACUUCCUCAGUUGGGAACCCAAGUUCCAGCACCUAGCCUCCGUGUUUAACGAUAUUGCCAGACUGAAGGACGAACAUUUGCAGAUGCCUGGCAUUCCACAAGACACACCAUUUGUUUUUCCACCCCCUUUGAUAACAGCAGUUGCACAGCCCGGGAUUAAAGCAGUUCCACCACGAAUGCCAGCCAUCACCCUGGGACAGGUUCUUCAGAAAUUCCCCCGAUCUCCCCUUCCCUACUACGGCAGUUCUGUCCCAGAAGCCAUGACUCCCAGCUUCUCUCCCUCUCUUUCCCUACUGACGAUACAGACUCCUGCCAGGUCACCAGUGUUGCCAGAUGGAGAACCUGUAGGAACACACGUACGGGGGACGUGCCGUGAACUGAAAGCUGAAGACGAAGUCCAAGUCUAAAGUGGCUACGGUGUCGACUCCCUGCUCAUUCAGCUCUCCACACAGAUGGACAAAAAGACACAAGCAUGUCCUACAGGAUGGGUUCACUCUUACCCAGCAGCGAGAGAUCUCAUGUGGACAGUGUUUUCCAAAACUUGCCCAUUUCAGUGUCUAGAAAUUCUUCCAGCCUUAAUGAGAAGUUAUUUCCUCUUUUUUAGACUUUUUGGGUUGCUCUCAGGACUCACAUCUGUGGAUAUUAACUAGUCUGUUUGUUAUUCCUGUUUGUUUGUUUUAAUGUUCAGAAUUUAUGAUUUGAAUAAUCAUCAGAAAUUUUGACUGGAAUUUUUCAUGACUCUGGGCUGAUAUGGCCCAACUAAGCAUUCUUGAUUGAAGCAGAAAGUACAUUCUCAAUGUAUGGCUGAGAUGAACAGGACAAUGCUUCGGCAGCAGUCUGCCACCAGAGACAUGAUAUCUCUGCCUUCUCUACAUAUGAUGCCCCCUCCUGUGCUCUGUUCAGAUAAGAAACUUCGAAGAUUAAUUUAUAGAAAUUACUUCAUUUUAUUUUCUUCAGCAUAUAGUAACUUUGGGCAUGAGAUAAUUUAUCUACUCAAUGCUCAUUUUUAAAGUUUGUGUAGAUAAAAUUAUGUUAUGAGCUAAUUAUAAAUGUCAUAGAGUAAUUUAGCAGUAUAUUUUUAAAUGAAGUUUUUUUUUAUAUAUUUGAAAGUUUCUAUUAUUAAAGUUAAAGGUGGGUGCCAGAAGUCUUUCUUCCAUUUAUUUACCAUUACUUUGUUGUUGCCUGGAACAGUUUCACGACAGGGUGUAAAGAAUUCUGCUUUACCCAGUUCCUAGUUCAGAAACACAGUCAUGCUGUCUGGUGCUUACAUGUAGGGUCAUACCCCUCUCUGAUGGACUGAUAGGGCAUCAGAGAUGCUUUUUUUCUAUUAGGAGGCUGAGUGCAUCCUAAAGAUGAUGAUCUAUAAGUCAUCUUCCCGUGGGGAGCAGGAGAGGGGGGGGAUCACAGCCAGGAUUUGGGAUCACCUUCUAGGAAUCUCCGUGUGAAAUCCCUAAUGCAUCUGGAUCAUUUUCUCAGUAGAUCAAGUGGGCUUCUGCCCUGGAAGUAGCUCUUUUAUUUAUUUAUUUUCGUAUAGCCCACCUGUGGAACUGCAUGAACUAAUUUGUAUUUACUCAAAACCAUGGCAGGCACAGUGUGCUAUCCAGCGUAGUGGGGCCAGUAAUUUGAUGGGUGCCUAUACUGAUGGAAUAUGUAAGUACAUCUUCUUGUUGACUCAAAUUCAGAGCAUAAGUUUAAACCACAUUGGUAAGUAGUAAGUGUGAUGGCCAUGAACGAUUUUGGAUAAGCUGGAAUUCUAGGGAAUUUACAAGUGGGCCAUUUAAAUAUCAUAGCACUGAUUCAUAUCUCCCCUUAUCUUUGGAGCAUCUGAAGAAGAAAUUUAAUAACUUUUGCUUUAAAAAAAGACAAAAAAGUAAUUAUUUCACUGUGCCACUGGGCUGUCUUUUGACUCUUUUCAACAGAGUCCGUUGAUCAGAGGAAGACACUCAUAGUGUUUUCCUUUGCUAAUGACAUGUGAAAGCUUUACUUUGUAGCAGAACUAUCUGUGUUAGCCAUGAAUGCCUUGUUUUUAAAUGGGUUCUCCCAUUCUUUAGAAGCAGGGAGUGACCCACCUAACUCUUCCCUAAGUUUUUCACCUUUGAUUUAUUACUGAACAUGAUUCUGUGGGUGUUUCCCCCCUUGCUAUUUCAUACAAAACAGAAGACAAGACAUAUUUAGAGCUCCAUACCAAUAUUUAGCAGAUCUUUAAUUGACAACUUUAUUAAUCCCGUUCCCAGCACUGCCGCACCACCGAAAAAGAGCCACAAGUUGAGUGGAGGGUAAGAUGUGAACAUGCUGGUUAAGUGCUCCUAAUAAAUCACGUGUCAGCCCUUUAAACCAGAGUGCUUUUUCCUAAGUAAACAAUAUAAUUUCAACUGUCUUCCUUCAAGUUGAAUAUUAAGCUGCCUCAUCUGUUCCGUGUUACUUUGCUGAUCUCGACACCGGCUUUGGCACUCGGGAGGGGGUACAGAACUUGUUAGUGGAAAAUCAUAUUAAGCCCCAAAUUCAUA